GCUCAGAUACAGGAACUCAGAUUAAGGUCUUUCCAGAGAGCAAAACAAGUUGUUUUCAGCAUGAGCAGCUGGUCUAAAUUCAGUUUCCUUUCCUCCUGUGGGUUUCUGGGGAGGGGGUCAGACCACGAGCUCCGCUCUGACCCGUCGGGGAGCUUGCUCCCUCCCUUCAGCAACUGCUGACGACCCCUUAACAGGCUUGCGUCCUCUUGUAAACACGUAAACUGCUUUUAUCAACUGCGGAUGGUUAAAAAUUUUCGUUUUUCUUUUAGUAUUUAAACUCCCUUUAAAUUUCUCUUUUCUCCCCUCUCCCCUUAUCUUGUCUUCUCUUUCUUCCUUUAUCUUUCCUCUUCAGGUUUUCUCUCCCUUUAUCUUUUCUUUUCCACCCUUCUCUUUUAUUCCCCCUCCCCUCUCACUGGGUCUUUCCUUCUGGCUUUCUUUUCUCCCUUAACGUGUUUUCAGCAUCGGACGAGCACGCUCCCCUGCCACGGCUUCACAUGGUACCUCUCGCCCCUGAGGCCUGGGGGUGUUGCAGAGGCCAAAAAAGAUCCUCUGGAAGCUUCAUGGGAUCUUGAAAUGCAAGAGGCAUGGCUGGCUGUGGAUUUUUCUCAGCCUUUUCUUUGUUGACACACAGCCUGAGCCACGAUCCCUGCAGACGCCAGUGGACGUGAGCCCCCGGGUCAGGCACUUCUCUGCCCACGAUGGGGAAAGGAGCCCAAAAGCAGAAUUCUUCAGAUCAAGAGGAAGUGUUGAACAAUUGCAGUGAUGCAGAAAAGCAGUACAAAUGGGGGUCCAACACCAGCAAGUCAGACUGGAAAAGAUCCCACUCAGUGCGUGUUUCCGUCAUGGUGUGUGUGAUGCUCAUGCUCCUCGUCUUCACCCUGCUGGUGACCUUGACUGUUGUCCGUGUGGGGUCCAGCUCACCCCAGCCAGACUUCUCCCAUGUGUGUCCAGACACGUGGCUUGGUUUCCAAGGGAAAUGCUAUUAUUUUUCUGAGGAUGAGAGCAAUUGGACCACCAGUCAGGAAAGCUGUGUGGCCCUGGGAGCUUCGCUGGCCUCCAUAAACACCAUGGAUGAACUGGUUUUCAUUAAACGCUAUAAAGGCGAAGCUAACCGUUGGUUUGGGCUGCGAAAGGAGAAGGAUGAGAGCUGGUGGUGGACCAACGGCACAGCCUUCAACAACUGGUUUGAGGUGCGGGGUGGUGGACCCUGUGCAUACCUGAACCAGGAGAGCAUCAGCUCAUCCCUGUGCCAGACCAAGAAGAACUGGCUCUGCAGCAAGCCCGACAGCUACGUCCUCUGGAAGCAGACAGCAUAUCCAUAGCAAAACAUUCCCAGAACAGGGGCUUCACACCAGCAGAUCGAGCAGAAGUCAGCAGUUCGGCAAAUCCCUGUGUCUGAUUUUAUCACCUGCGUUUAUAAGCUUGUGUUUCAGUGAAACUUUCUCAUCAGUACCUCUCUUAUCGUCUUUGACAAGGUUAACUCUCCUUGGUCUGUCAUUGCUGUUGGACCACUGCAUCAGAAAAAGCUUGUUUUAUUUGUGUUUUGAGAUCAGUAUUUUGCCUGUGAGCUGGUCGGGCCAGUAAGUGACUCACUUGAGUUUAAUCCCCUGUUAAAUUUGUUAAAGUGGUGGAUUUGCACGGGCUUGGAAUGCUUUAGAGUCGAAUGUUUCUGCAAAAACCCCAAAACCUCAGAACCCAACCUUGCCCCCAAAACCCCUUAAAACCUCAAACAAAAGAACCCCAACUCAAACCCCACCCCCCUCCAAACCAACAACAACUAAUCUCACAACUACAAAAAGACCCAGAAGACAAAAUAACCCACCCCAAGACUCAGCCACCCUCCUGUGUCCUGGCGCUGAUGCUCUCCGGUGCGCCCAGGGAGGCGCAUGCCCGGCAGCGCAUCCCUAGGAAAAAUUUUUUGACUUGAGCUUUGCGAUAUUCAUAAUGUCUUCUGUGCCACCUGUAGUCUUUAUUUUUUUUACAAGCCUGCCUUAUUUCAAUAAAUUGAAGAAAGCUGG